UGCCAACACAACACCGCCCCCAUCUGAGCUCUUCUCUGUUUUCACACCCGUGGUGCUGAAAUCAGCGCUCGACCCCACAGCAACGUAACAGCAAUGACACAAAGACACGGGGAACCCGACCAACAGACCGAGAAUGGACGAUGAUUUGUUUCAGUUAAGACAGCUCCCAGUGGUGAAAUUCCGGCGUACAGGCGAUAGCACUCGCUCAGAGGAUGAGUGUGGAUGGAAGGAAGAAGCUUUGCAGUCGGCGGGAGGGUGGAUGGAUAUGGAGAGUGUUUCCCUGGCCGAUGGUGCUCCAGUGCCUCGGGAGUUUGCUAACCCCACUGAUGAUACAUUCAUGGUUGAAGAUGCAGUGGAAGCCAUUGGCUUUGGGACAUUCCAGUGGAAGUUAUCCAUCCUGACUGGACUUUCAUGGAUGGCCGACGCCAUGGAGAUGAUGAUUCUCAGUAUUUUGGCUCCUCAACUACACUGUGAGUGGGCACUCUCCAGCUGGGAGGUGGCACUACUAACUUCGGUGGUAUUUAUUGGAAUGAUGGUCAGUUCUUCGCUAUGGGGGAACAUAUCUGAUAAAUAUGGGAGAAAAACAGGUUUGAAGAUGAGUGUAUUGUGGACCCUGUUCUACGGCCUCCUCAGUGCAUUUGCACCAAUAUACGCAUGGAUUCUUUUUCUCAGAGCUCUGGUGGGCUUCGGUAUUGGAGGGGCUCCACAAUCAGUAACACUGUAUGCUGAGUUUCUGCCCAUGCGGUCCAGAGCCACUUGCAUUUUGUUGAUAGAGAUAUUCUGGGCUUUGGGAACAGUAUUUGAAGUGCUUCUAGCUAUCUUGGUGAUGCCAACUUUGGGCUGGCGCUGGCUGCUGGUCUUCUCCACCAUUCCACUCUUUAUUUUUGGUAUUUUUUGCUUUUGGCUGCCAGAGAGUGCUAGGUACGACGUCCUGACAGGAAAUCAGGAGAAGGCUUUGAGCACACUCAGACGUAUUGCUACAGAGAACAAGGUCCCUAUGCCACUGGGAAAACUCAUUGUGGCCAGACAGGAGGACAGGGGGAAAAUUCAGGAUCUUUUCUCUCCACACUUCCGCUGGACCACAGUUCUGCUUUGGUUCAUAUGGUUCUCUAAUGCGUUCUCUUAUUAUGGUGUGGUUUUGCUGACCACUGAGCUUUUCCAGGAGGGAGGAGCCUGUGUUGAGGUCAAUGGCAGUAAAAUGGAGCCAGGUUGUAGUUUGGAGUGCAAAUAUCUGAACUCCGAUGAUUAUAAAGACCUUUUAUGGACCACACUCUCUGAAUUUCCGGGCCUGCUGGUGACCCUGUGGGCAAUUGAUCGGUUGGGGAGGAGAAAGACUAUGGCACUGUGUUUCUUCGUCUUCUCUGUCUGCCUUGUGCCACUCUACGGCUGUAUGGGAAGGACCUUUUUGACAGUAUUUAUAUUCAUUGCGAGAGCCUUCAUUGCUGGAGGUUUUCAGGCUGCGUAUGUGUAUACCCCUGAGGUGUAUCCCACGGCGACGAGGGCUCUGGGUUUGGGCACCAGCAGUGGGAUGGCUCGAGUUGGAGCUCUCAUCACACCGUUUGUUGCACAGGUGAUGCUUGAAUCAUCUGUGUACCUGACUCUGUCGGUGUACUGUUGCUGCUGUUUGCUGGCUGCUAUUGCUUCCUGUGCCCUGCCAAUAGAGACCACCGGACGAGGCCUACAGGAGUCCAGUCACAGAGAGUGGGGUCAGGAGAUGAUUGGACGGGCAUCAGACCACAGCCCUGAGGGGAUUCCACAUUCCAUCUCUGGAUCAGAGGACUAAAGGGCACAGCUGGGUUUUAGGAGAAAUUGGUCAUAGAUAGAAGUGGGCAAUGUUCCCUAAAAUGUUUUUAAAGAAAUUUGGAUCUGAUUCAAUGAUUUUAGUUGCUUGGUCUCAAUUUAUAUCAGUUCAGACAGUUAUGUAUACAGGUUCCCCCACCUAAGGUCGAGUAGUUAUGCACUUCCAUCCUCUGGGCCGGAAUAAUAUAGGGCAAUAUAUUCCCAUGACGUAAUACUCCCCCCUACCUCUGCAACUUACAAGUGUGAGAAACGUGAAUGUGAGAAUUGCAUUAUGAAGAUAUAUAGGGGCAUUUAAAAGGAGAACGAAAGCCUUCAAAGUACUGAAGAUUUCAAGUUGAAAAUAGCACAAGUGUGUGUGUGUAUGUGUGUGAGAGAGAGACGGGUUUAGUUUGACAAUGAGUAGAAAGACUAGAAUUUUGUCUGUGUUAUUUAUUUUUUCCAAGGGGGCCUUAGGGCAUUUUCACAGCUGGCUUGUUUGGAGCAUUUGAUUCAGAACCUGGCACGUUUUCUCCCUUGGUUCUAUUCAUUUAGGGAUGAGUGAACAUGGCAAUCUCACUCGGAUAUGCACCAAAACAAUCGAUCCUUGACCUCCUGAACGAGGUGGUUUCGAACCGAUUGCAAACUAACUCUGGAGCAGUUCGCUUGUGGUGAGAAUGCAAACCGACCCAACGGACCAAAUAAUAUCCCUAUAAAAACCAUGAACAUACCUGAUGGAUCUGCGGAGAACAAAUCCGUAGGUCAGCACGUCGCUGUAAUUCAUAAUUAAAACAUUGAUGGAGCCUUUUGGUGAAUAUAUUAGAUAUAAUUGCACAUUUAAAAUAGCAGUUACCUUAUAAUUCCUGAGGUAAAUCAUACAAUCGCUUCUUUCUUUGGGAUGGCGGCAAAACAAACAAGGCUAGGAUGACAUUAGCAACUUCAUGACAGAUGUAAAACAUAUUUACUGUACGUAGCUUCACUCUUUCUGAUGUGUGUUUGUAUCCAUCCUUUCUGAUGUGAGAGCUCCGUGUCCAUGAGAGCAGACACUUUUCAAUAACGAAAUAAUGGAAAUGCAGCUAAUGAAGGAUAAAAAUAACCAUGAUGAAUAUUUUACAACUCCUAUCCAUCCGAGUGAAUGAUUUUAUUUGCAGUGCAUCCUCUGACUGGAAUGCACAUUUUGUGCCACACUGAAAACUUUUUGCAUAACCAUGACAUAAACAGUAGUUGAAAAUUUGUAACUGUUGACAAAUUUAUGCAGGUAUACCAAUUUAAUCAUUUAAAUUUAAUCAGGUAUUUGGAUGUAAAAGCUAAAUACCUGAACAGCACACAAACUUACUAAUAAGUAGUUUAGUCAAAUAGUUUGCUCAAAUGCGACAUUUAUUAACAGCUGAUUGUGGCUUUGUCUCGUUUGGAAGUAUGUGUCCUCAGGAGGACGCUGCAUACUUCAUCAAGGCUGUCUCAUUUCAGAAAAGUGUGUAGAACACUUUUGAAUGCAGCCUUCGAAUGCAACCUUCUUUCAUGGGAAUUCAGAGGAUGCAUAAGGUGUAUCCUUCUUGGGCACUCACAACCCACAAUUCUUUGCUUAAAUGAAAAUGUCUAAAAAAUUAUGCCAAUUUCCCCGUAAAUGUGAUGUUCAAACACAAGCAAUGUUAAUUCCCAAGUUAAAGUACCUCAGUAGAUGGGGCAGAGUAUACAAUGUGUAUAAUUGUAUUAAUAUAUAAUUAAAAUAAAGUAUUAGACUAAAUGUACACCUGUAAAAUCUAUUUUCUUUUCUCUUUACAUCUUUAUAACUCUCCUAAAUUGUACCUCAUACAUUCCAUUCUAAAGGGACUUUGUUCGCGUCUCACUCAAUGCGCCCCGGCUUGUUAAAGAGUGGCUUACUGUCAUAGCAACCAUGUUAUGUUCAGUUUGUCCUACGAAGGUCUCGUUUAAACGAGGACACUAAGUAUACUGCAGCCUUCAAAGGACGCAUCCUACCUAGUAUGCAGCCUUCCAAACGUGUAAGGUGUAGUCACCUUUUGCCGAUGCACUUAAUUAAAAAGAAUAAAUAAAUUGCUCCAGCUGUGCAAUGGCUUUCCUUUCAUCUGAUGUCUCGAAGCAAUCUUAUUUCUUUAACUCCUCAUUUCCAGCAAUCUGCCAUAAUGAAACUACUUGUCAUGAUCCAAACAAUACCUGAUGGAUAAAAUAAAGUAUCACUCUAGACUUUUCUCAUUUAAUAUCCUGUUUCAUUUAACAAUAUGUCACAAGACUAUAAAAAAACAAGUCAAAACAAUAAAACAAUAGCAAGUGUCUUUCAUCAGAACUGGUCUGUGGCAAAACCAGUUCCUUAGAGUAUAUUCCAGUAUCCCAGCAUCUUUUUUCAAGCAUUAAAAUGCGCAACAAACAUUUAGGAAGAACCGUUUUUCUUCCCCUCAUUGAUAUAUUUGGUUAUUUGUGUUUCUGCCUUUUCGACUGUACAGUGGGUUGGGGUAGCAGGAUGAUUGGGAGGUCAGAUUGUCGAGUGUGCAAUUGUUCUUGUGUGUUCAGAAAGCAGUUUCUCCUAUGCCCCUCGCAAUGAAGUACUGCGUUUUGUGUCUGUGUGCACCAAUCUCUUGCCACUGCACUGGAUGUACAUGUGUAUAGUAACAAUAAAUGAUGUGUC